AUUCUGCCUAGUCAGGGUAAAUAAAGGUAAACAUUUGUCGUCAAGACCGAAAAGCCACAUUUAAAUUUCUUUUUUAAAAACAAAGGUGUUCCACUUACGACAUUAAUGAUGGAAGCUCAACAUCACCUGUGUAUCAAAAUGAUUAAAAUAACCACAUGAAAAAAGAACAUUCGGCAAACAAUGAUAAAUUUUUCUUUGACAUCUCUUCUGAUGGCCGUGGGAUGCUCUAAAUUAAUUCAUAAUGUGACGAUCCGGUGCCCAACGAGUGUGGAAAGAAGGCUACAAAACUCAUACUGGAGUAGAAUUUACUGUUCGGCUGUUAAUGUUUAUCAUUGCAUCAGAGAUGAAAGAGAUAAUUUAGUUGCAACAUGUAACGAACCUGUACAAAUACCUCAAGGAAACUAUCCAAUCUAUUUACACAGAUCAGAUAAAAUACACUAUGAAAGAUGUCCAAAACAUUUAUAUCAACCAUUUCCCGUAUUGUCAUAUGAAAUUUCAGACUGCGAGUAUGAAAAAUCAUCAUGUAACGGCAUUGGCCAAAUUCCAUGUGGCAAUGGUAAUACAACUGAUGAUUCUACAUGUGGAUGUGACUAUAAAAAAGGAUAUGUUAUGAAUAGUCAAACCAAAUGUUGCUCUCCAUCAAGGUUUGAAGAAUGCUACUGCCAAUAUCAUACGUGUGACAACAAUCUGCAAGAACUCGACGCAGAUUUCAAAUGCAUAAAUAAAUGUAUGGACGGGUAUGAGAGAUCAACGCAAAAUAUUUGUGAACAAAUAUCCGACACAGCUAAGUUUAAACCAAGCAAAGACGUUUCUACAACCUUUGAACCUAUUUCACUGCCAGACAACGGCAAAGGGAAAGAUUUACUGACAAUGCAGAAUGAUGAUGUCAUCUUCUACGUCAUCACAUGUAGCGGCGUCGGUAUUUUUCUAUUUAACGUGAUUUUUAUAAUAAUAUAUGGAUCGAUCAGAAGUACAUGGAGACCGUAUCAAUUAAAAAUCCUUACAUGUUCUGGAUUUAUAUUCUUCAUGUGCUUGUUUUUUGGAUUUUGCAUUGGAUUUGCUAAUGAACAAAGAAAUUUGGCAUACGCUUUCACCAUUAUUGUUUUGAUAUUAUUAAGUACAACUUGUUAUUUAAUAAAUUCCCUGUCAGUUCAUGAGAUGAUAACAGAUCCAGAGGUAUACAACGAAGAAUAUGAUAUAAGAAGUUUUCGUCUCUUAAAAGCUGCUGCCAACGGUAAUUUGGAUGAAAUGAGAAGGUUGAGAUAUGAAGACUACAUCGACAUGGAUGUUGUUGACAUCAAUAAGCGUUCUGCACUGCAUCUAGCUGCAUGUGAAGGUCAGAACGAAGUAUUGGAAUAUAUUUUUCGUCAUAACUUUUGUUUUCUGGAAGCAAAAGAUGGAUGGGAUAGGUCAGCUGAAGAUGACAUUAGAUGGCAUCAUGCGCAGCGUCAAGAUGAAAAAUACGAUACUGCCUUAAAGAUACUAAAUACUAACAAAGACAAAAACAUCCAUAAACGGAAAAAGAAACAGUUCAAAGAAAGAAAAGCCCUAGAACUGAUAACAGCAGCUGGAAAGGGUGAUCUUCGUACAAUCAAGCGGUUAAAUCAAUUGGGCACUGACAUGAACUUGGCAGAUUACUCAGGACAAACAGCAUUACAUGCUGCUGUUGACAAUGGAAUGGUCCAUAUUGUGAACUAUCUUAUAGACACGUGUAAUGUAUCACCAUUUGUAAGAUGGAGACGUGACAGACGCCCUAUUGACGUUGCACUGGCUCAUGGAAAAGAAGAAAAUUUGGGAAGGAUCAAAUCCUAUAUGUCAAGCAUACUAAAGAAUGGCACAGACAGGGCUAAGUAUUCAGAACAAUACAAAACAAAAGUGGUUAUACUACCACCAGAGGAUGUUGCGAUUGUGCGUCUCCUGAACUAUGCUUCAAGAGGUGAUGUUGAACAAAUGAAAGGUUUCAAGGCAUCAGGUUACAGGAUGGAUGUCUAUAAUUAUGACAGUCAAACAGCGCUUCACAUAGCAGUAAGGGAAAAUCAAGAGUAUGUAGUUGACUUUCUUCUGGGGGAAUGCGACCAAAUAGACCUUGCUCUAAAUAAAAAAGACAGAUGGAUGAUGACUCCCUGGGAAGUCGCAAAGAAAUCGGCAAUGAAAAGUGUGUAUUAUAUUUUUUUGAAGAAUUGCCCGGAAUUAGUGGAAACAGAAAAUGAUGAUAUUAAGACGUGUCAAUUGCUGAAUGCAGCUGCGGAAGAAAAUCUUGAAACACUUAACAGCUUACAUGAACAGAAUGUCGACAUGAAUCAGAGAGAUUACGACGGGAGAACUGCUUUACACCUUGCAGUUUGCGAACAGAAGAUAAAAGCUGUUAAGUUCCUGAUAAAUAAAGCAAAAGUUGAUAUGACAAUUCCAGACAGAUAUAAUCGACUUCCUAUUGAUGAAGAUACAAGUGCAGAAAUUAAAGACUUACUGGAACGCUACAAGAAUGAUGAAAAAACGAGAAAUGAGUUUAGUAUGUCAGCUACAGAAGAUACAUUGAUGCAUGUAAUGAAGGCUUCUACAAUGGGGAUUUUGAAUAAACAAACUGAUUUACGGUACAAAUACUUCAAAAUGGAUAGUUGUGAUUACUUUGGAGACACUCCAUUGCAUCUGGCUGCUGCUAAUGGUAAAAAAGAGGAUGUUCAGUACCUAUUAUUCAAGCGAAGAGCCUCACCGUUUGUUAAAAACAACUCUCGGAAAACACCUAUUGAUUUGGUUAAAGAGAACAUUGAAUUUUGGAAACUGAAAAAUAGUGGUAUCCAUACCGGAAGAAUCAAAGAACAGUUAAUCGAGAUACGUGAUCUAAUAAAGAAUGAAAUGUCUGAUGCUGAAAAUAUGAACAUAGAAGAAGACGAUACAUUUAAAAAGCUGAGUCCAAAGGAAAAAUUAUUUCUGUUUCAUAAUAGAAUUUUUAAAGGGGAUAUUUUUGCUAUUCGAAGGUUUAUAAAGACAGAUAGAGAUAUAUUAAACCAUAUUGACUACGAUUCUAGGUCUGCAUUACAUAUUGCUGCAGCAGCUGGACAUACUCACUUGGUUAAAUUCCUCCUCAAUGAAGGGGUCAAUAAAGAUAAACAAGAUAGAUAUAGAUUGACACCUUUGGACGAAGCGAAUAGGAAUGGAGAUGACGAAAUGAGAAAAUUGUUGACAGAAAUGCAGAACACGUCAAUGUUAAAAAAAGACAUUAAAAUUCAGUGAUACCAAGGGUUUCUUGCAUGAAAAAAAUAUCGCACAGCAGUGUUAGCAAUUAUUAAGAACUGAUCAAUGUUAAACUAUUGUUUGUUUUUGUGAUCUCAUUUUUUAUAUUGUUAGAGAAAUUUGUACCUUUA